UAAAUGAAAAUAACUUUUCAUCUAUUUAAUACAUGAAUACCUUGCUUAUUUCUCAUUUGAUGGUUGCCAGGACUGGGGGAGGGAAGGAAGUGCAUGGAAAUAGGUAGUAGGAGAUUAAAAAGAGACAGACACAUUAUUGAUUCUGCACACAAGGCCAGCAGUUGUCAGAUUCUUACUGACCACAUACUGACCAAGUAGUCAUGGCAUGCAAAUGAAAAUAGCUCCAUGUCUUCCAAAGUUCUAGGUUCUAAGAUGUCAUGUUCAGUGAUGUCAUAGAGAAGGUACCCUUAUACUCCGGCCAGGAUGCUAUAAUUGGUAAGAGACAGCUACAGUCUGCCAACUGAACCAACAGGAGAGUUUUGUCAGCAAUUCCCAGGUGUAAAUCAUGGUGCAGAAUAUUAGAGACAUGGAUGAAUUAAAAGCAUUUUUGAAAGCUGCUGGAAACAAACUUGUGGUAAUUGAAUUCUCAGCAAAAUGGUGUGGUCCUUGCAAAAGGAUUUAUCCUGUUUUUCAUGCAAUGUCUGUGCAAUACCGAAGCGUCAUGUUUGCUAAUGUGGAUGUGGACAAUGCUCGGGAGUUGGCCCAAACUUACCACAUCAAAGCAGUACCCACAUUUCAGUUGUUCAAGCAAACCAAGAAGGUAACCCUAUUCUCGAGAAUCAAAAGAGCAAUUUGCUGUUAUAGAAGUGGAUCCCUGAGCGAGCCGGUAAGUGAAAUGGGAUCAAGACAGAGGCACAAGAGUGGGGUUGACUUUCAAGAAAUAGAAUGAACCAUGAUGCCCACAGGCGCCAUGCUGCUACCUGGGAAGCAGAAUCAGUACAUGUGGGCGUAGUUUCUUCCCUGUUGCACACAGAGCACUGAAAGUAGUUCUAGACUUUUCUAACCCCUACCCCCAAAGUCCUAACACCAUUUCUGGCUGCUGAAACCUCCCUCACUAGAAACUCAAGUCUUCACCAAAUCUCAGCUUCAGUUUACCCACACUCUUCCUUUUCUCCAGCGCACCUCAAACAACUGGUACAGAACUGAUCAUGAAGAGUAAGGGUCUUUAACUUCCAUAUUUCAUCAGAUAUAAGAUGUUCAUUGAUAGAUGCACCAUCCUAAUUCAGAGAUGUGAAAAAUUGAAAAGAAAAUGUGCUUCUUAGAAUCAUUAUUAUUACCUGAACUAAAGUCAGGGCAUGGGAAAUCACAAGCCAUUUGACUUUAGGGGAUCAUGUAUAUGAAUUAGCAAGCCCUCAAGAUCAGUGUAUAAAUGCCCUGAGAAGUUUCGAUGAUCAGCUUUCCUCAUUUCCAGCAACAUGAUAUAUUUUAGAUCUUAGCUUAGAGGAAUAUCAUGGAAAAUUACAUAAAUCUGUUAGCAUAAGCAAUUUUGAAAAGGUGCCAAAAAAAACAUCAGAAAUUUAGUGUGUUAAUGUGUAUUUCUAUCUAAAGU